AUGUGUGUUUUAGCACUUAAUGUUAAAGGUAAUAUCAAUACACUUCCUACUUGCCAAUGUGAUACUGACUGUAAUGACAAUAGUAAAUGUACUACUGAUACCUGUAAAAAUGGAGGAUGUGUAUUUACUCCCAUUUCAUGUAACGAUGGUGACAGUUGUACCUAUGACAGUUGUUCCAAUUCCACUGGUUGCGUAAAUACUCGUUUAAGUGGAUGUUGUUCUUGCCCGGAAGAUUGUAAUGACAGUAACAGUUGUACAACUGAUUCAUGUGUCAAUGGAAAAUGUGUUCGUACCGAUGUCAAUUGUGAUGAUGGUGACAGCUGUACCUAUGACAGUUGCUCCAAUUCUACUGGUUGUACACACACUCGCAUUCAAGGUUGCUGUUCGACCAAUAAUCAAUGUGAUGACAGUAACAGUUGUACAACCGAUUCAUGUGUCAAUGGAAAAUGUGUCCGUACUGAUGUCAAUUGCAACGACAAUAAUGCUUGUACCAAGGACUCUUGUGACCCAUCAUCUGGAUGUUGCAAUACUCCAAUUUCAUGCGAUGAUGGUGACAGUUGUACCUAUGACAGUUGUAGCAACUCGACUGGUUGUACACAUACCCGUAUUGAAGGUUGCUGUACUACAAGUGCUCAAUGUGAUGACGGUGACAUGUGUUCCAACGAUUCAUGUGUGAAUGGAAAAUGUGUUCGUACUCCAACCAAUUGCAAUGAUAAUAAUGCUUGUACAACGGAUUCAUGCAACAAACUAACUGGAUGUUGUAAUGUUCAAAUUUCAUGUGAUGAUGGUGACAGUUGUACCUAUGACAGUUGUAACAACUCUACUGGGUGUACACAUACCCGUAUUGAAGGAUGUUGUUCUUGCCCGGAAGAUUGUAAUGAUGGUAACAGCUGUACAACCGAUUCAUGUGUCAAUGGAAAAUGUGUCCGUACCGAUGUCAAUUGCAACGACAAUAAUGCUUGUACCAAGGACUCUUGUGACAAAUCAUCUGGAUGUUGUAAUGUUCAAAUUUCAUGUGAUGAUGGUGACAGUUGUACCUAUGACAGUUGUAACAACUCUACUGGGUGUACACAUACCCGUAUCGAAGGAUGUUGUUCUUGCCCGGAAGAUUGUAAUGAUGGUAACAGCUGUACAACCGAUUCAUGUGUCAAUGGAAAAUGUGUCCGUACCGAUGUUAAUUGCAACGAUAAUAAUGCUUGUACCAGGGACUCUUGUGAUAAAUCAUCUGGAUGUUGCAAUGUUCAAAUUCCAUGCGAUGAUGGUGACAUCUGUACCUAUGACAGUUGUAAUAACUCUACUGGUUGUACACAUACCCGUAUCGAGGGCUGUUGUACUGCCAAUUCUCAAUGUGAUGACGGUGACAUGUGUUCCAACGAUUCAUGUGUGAAUGGAAAAUGUGUUCGUACUCCAACCAAUUGCAAUGAUAAUAAUGCUUGUACCAAGGACUCUUGUGACAAAUCAUCUGGAUGUUGCAAUGUUCAAAUUUCAUGUGAUGAUGGUGACAGUUGUACCUAUGACAGUUGUAACAACUCUACUGGGUGUACACAUACCCGUAUUGAAGGAUGUUGCUCUUGCCCGGAAGAUUGUAAUGAUGGUAACAGUUGUACAACUGAUUCAUGUGUCAAUGGAAAAUGUGUCCGUACUGAUGUCAAUUGCAACGAUAAUAAUGCUUGUACCAAGGACUCUUGUGACAAAUCAUCUGGAUGUUGUAAUACUCCAAUUUCUUGUAACGACAACGAUAUCUGUACAUUGGAUAGUUGUAACAAUUCUACUGGUUGUACAUAUACCCCGGUCCAAGGUUGUUGCAAAUGUGCCGAUGAUUGCAAAGUAUCCAACUCUUGUGAAGUAGCCCAAUGUGAAAACAACAAAUGCAAGGUUACCAGAAAGCCCGGUUGUUGUGUCUCCUCACAAGAAUGUAACGAUGGUGACAGUUGUACAAAUGAUUCAUGUGAGAAUGGAAAAUGUGUCCGUUCUCCAAUCAAUUGCAAUGAUAAUAAUGCUUGUACCAAGGACUCUUGUGAUAAAUCAAAGGGAUGUGUUCGUACACCAAUUUCAUGUAACGACAAUGAUAUCUGUACAUUGGAUAGUUGUAACAAUUCUACUGGUUGUACAUAUACCCCGGUCCAAGGUUGUUGCCAAUGUGCCGAUGAUUGCAAAGUAUCCAACUCUUGUGAAGUAGCCAAGUGUGAAAACAACAAGUGCAAGGUUACCAGAAAGCCCGGUUGUUGCUCUCGAUCGGAGGAUUGUGAUAAUGGUGACAAAUGCACCAAAGGCACAUGUCUCCUUGGGGCCCCCUGUAACGACAAGAACGUAUGCACUGUUGAUUCUUGUAACAACUCGACUGGCUGCUCAUAUACCCCGGUCCAAGGUUGUUGCCAAUGUGCCGAUGAUUGCAAAGUAUCCAACUCUUGUGAGGUAGCCCAAUGUGAAAACAACAAGUGCAAGGUUACCAAAAAACCCGGUUGUUGUUCAAAUGAUAAUGAAUGCCCUCAAGAUCCAAAGUCCCCAUGCAGCAAGAACCAAUGCCAAAAAAGGAAAAUGUGUUGUAAACACAUCCCAAUGUUUUGUCCAAAGAGCAGCAACAAAUGUCAAACACCCGUGUGUGAUGUUAGAUCUGGAUGCGGUUUCAAACCAGUAGUGUGCAAGGAUAACAAGAAAUGUGACAAGGACAAGGGUUGUGAUUGUUAA